AUGGGCGAGAAUAACCUCAAACCACAUGCCUCGAAAGUUUGGACCACGCUCAUAACAAAUACUGCGUACCUCUCUGGGCUUUUGACUCUUGAGUACUCUCUCAGGAAGGUGGGGUCAAAGUAUCCGCUUGUCGUUCUCUACACGGACUCCUUCCCCGCCGAGGGCCACAAAGCACUUGAUUCCCGAAAUAUCUUGAAGCGGCAUGUACCGUAUCUCCUUCCGUCAGUACCGAAGGACUACACCAACGAUGUACGAUUUUACGACUGUUGGAGCAAACUCACGCCUUUCUCACUCGUUGAAUAUGACCGUGUCGUGCAACUCGAUAGUGACAUGCUGGUCCUCCAAAAUAUGGAUGAAUUAAUGGAUAUCGACUUGGAUACGCCGGAAAUGGCUGGAAACGGGAAUCGAGUUUUUGCCGCUAGCCAUGCUUGCACCUGCAAUCCGCUUCAUAAAGCUCACUAUCCAACAGACUGGGUUCCGGCCAAUUGUGCCUAUAGUACGCAGCAUGACAAUCCUGACGUUGCGCAAACAACCGGUGCUUCACCCAUUGCAGGACUUGGAAUACCCAAUGGGGGCCUACAGGUGGUGAGCCCAGCUCAAGCAAUCUACGACAAAAUUCUUGGACAGCUCGCGACUUCUACAACAUCCAGUUAUGAUUUUGCUGAUCAGUCCCUUCUCGGUGAUCUAUUUUAUGGUCGCUGGGUUGCACUCCCGUAUAUUUACAACGCACUCAAAACCCUACGGUGGGAAGGUGUCCAUGACGCCAUAUGGCGCGAUGAGAAUGUUAAGAAUGUACAUUACAUCCUGAGCCCGAAGCCAUGGGAUGAAUCUGGACCGAGCAAAGACCCAUCGCAUGAAUGGUGGACGACCUUGAAUGAGAAGAGAUUGAGUGAGGAGCAGGAGACAGGCGUAAGGGACCAAUUUUGA